UCUUCAAAUUGUUGUUGGUAAAAUCUUGAAGGACUGAUCAGCCACUACUAAAUCUGGGGUGCGCAUUCGGAUCCCAAUAAGCCCUUUUCACCAUGCCUACCCGCACUUCGCUUGCGCAAACAUCUGCGCCCAAGGACAAAGCCAAACAAAAGCCUAAUGGGAAGGGGAAAAGCAAAGGGAAUGCACCAGCAGAAUCCAAGACUCUGAAGAGGAAACGGGAAAAGGACGACUUGGAAAAGCUUCAGGCUGCUGUCAACCAACUCGACCCCAAGACCUCGGCCCUGACCAAAUUCUCGGAGCUGCCCCUCUCGGCGCCCACCGCAUCCGGCCUCGACGCAUCCCAUUUCCAAAACCUGACCGACAUCCAGGCUCGAGCCAUCCCUCUCGCCCUCAAGGGUCAGGACAUUCUGGGCGCCGCCAAGACGGGCAGCGGCAAGACCUUGGCCUUCCUUGUUCCUGUUAUCGAGACCCUGUAUCGGAAACAAUGGACAGAACUGGAUGGGCUGGGAGCCCUGAUCAUUGCCCCUACGCGCGAGCUAGCCGUGCAGAUCUUCGAGGUCCUGCGCAAAAUCGGAAGAUACCACCACUUUUCGGCCGGCCUAGUGAUAGGAGGCAAGAGUUUGAAGGACGAGGCCGAGAGACUCGCGCGAAUGAACUUGUUGGUGUGCACGCCCGGCCGCAUGCUGCAACAUCUCGACCAGACGGCCGGACUCGAUGUCGACAACCUUCAAAUACUCGUCCUGGAUGAGGCAGACCGUAUCAUGGACAUGGGCUUCCAGUCGGCAGUGGAUGCUCUCGUGGAGCACCUGCCCAAAACGAGACAGACAAUGCUCUUCAGUGCCACGCAGAGCAAGAAGGUGUCCGAUCUUGCCCGACUUAGCAUGAAGGAUCCCGAAUACGUCGCUGUCCACGAAGCAGCCACCCCGAGCACCCUGACCCAGCACUACCUCGUCACGCCGCUGGCCGAGAAAAUGGACACCCUGUAUGGGUUCAUAAAGGCAAACCUCAAGAGCAAAAUCAUCAUCUUCUUAUCGUCUGGAAAGCAGGUCCGUUUUAUCUAUGAAAGCUUUCGUCAUCUCCAGCCCGGUAUCCCUCUAUUGCAUUUGCACGGUCGGCAAAAACAACUUGCACGCAUGGAAAUCACCAGGCGGUUCACGUCGGCGCAGCAUUCGUGUCUCUUCGCAACGGAUGUCGUAGCUCGCGGAGUCGACUUCCCUGCUGUGGACUGGGUCGUCCAGGGAGAUUGCCCCGAGGACGUCGACACUUACAUACACAGAAUUGGUCGUACCGCUCGCUACGAACGCGUGGGCCGCGCAGUCUUGCUCCUGGACCCCAGCGAAGAAGAAGGCAUGGUGCAACGAUUGCAACAGCGGAAAAUCCCCAUCCAGAGGGUCAAUGUGAAGGAGAAGAAGAAGCAGUCCAUAAAGAGCAAGAUUCAAGAUAUGUGUUUUCACCAGCCGGACCUCAAGUAUCUGGGCCAAAAGGCCUUCAUCUCUUAUACCCGGUCGAUUGGCCUGCAGAAAAAUAAGGACGUCUUCAAGCUGGAUGCACUAGAUCUGCAAGCAUAUUCGGAAAGCCUGGGUCUUCCUGAAAUGCCGCCGGUGCGGUUCCAGAAGGCCGAGGAUAUCAGGAGGCUGAAGAACCGGUCGCGGGCUGAGCUGUCGAGCGGAUCAGAAGGCGAGGGCGAAGGAGGUGAGGGCAAGAAGCGCACGAAGGAUGAAGUACGGACAAAGUACGACCGCAUGUUUGAACGGACCAACCAAGAUGUACUGUCGAGUCAUUACUCGAACCUGCGCCCCGCAGCAGAGGAUGAUAAUGACUUCUUUGCCGUCAAGCGUGUGCUGAACGAAGACGAGUUUGACCCCGAAUCCAAGUCAGGAGGUGGGCCGAGGGUGGUCCCCAUAUAUGGUGGCCAGGAACUCGUAAUCGAUUCCAAGAGACGCGAGAAGCUUCUCACGUCUAAAAAGAAGAUGUUGAAGUACAAGGGCCAGAGCACCAAGAUUGUGUUCGAUGACGACGGAGAGGCGCACUCUCUUUACGAACUGCAGGGCGAAGAGGACUUCAGGCAGGCAGGAGACGCUGAGACGCAACGGCAGAGGUUUGUGCAGGCCGAAGCUGACCGGGUGCGCGAGGCAGAUCUGGAGGACAAGCAGUUGGCCAAGGAGAAGAGGCAGGAGAAGAAGGUGAAGCGCAAGGAGAGAGAGCGCAUGGAGGCCAAUGAUGAGAUGGAUGCGGCAGAACAGCCGACACUCGGUGGCUCUGGCGAUGCGGAUGCUGCUCUUGAUUUCUUGAGGUCACUACCGAUUGCUGGUGAAGAAGCGCAGCAAGACGAGGACGAUGAGAGGCCACGGAAGAAGCCGAAGAAGUGGUUCGAAGAUGAUUCGGAUGACGAGAAGCCCAAGAGCAAGAAGGGCAGGAAGGUGAUUGAGGUGACGGAUGCGCCGGAUACGUUAGAAGACUUGGAAGCAUUGGCCACGGGCUUACUUGACGACUGAUCAGUUACGUACAAUGAUAUCCUAUUAUUCACUGUUAUUGAUGGGCCAGGAGGAAUGCUUUGCAAUGACUGUUGAAUAAUUUUCUCGAUCGAUCGAUACUUGUUUCUUCAUUGACAUCAAAGUUUGACAACAUUGAAUGGCGCAAACACGAUAAUGCCGCACAUAGCUGAAUAUGAGA